AUGGACAUGGAUUUGAUGAAGUCGGUGAACGAGGAGCAGAUGGAAAUGAUGCUGAUGCAGAUGGAGAAGCUGCCGGAGUUCGACGAAAGUCCGAUCAUGGAAUUCGGGAACAAUAUUCCGACCAACAACAACAAUUCAGGCAUGGAGAAUCUCCAGAUCUCUUCUCCUCCGCUGUACUCGUUCUCCGGCGAGGCGGGGGAGCGGCGGAACUCUAUGGCGGCUAUGCGGGAGAUGAUAUUCCGAAUAGCCGCGAUGCAGCCGAUCCACAUAGACCCUGAGGCGGUGAAGCCUCCCAAAAGAAGGAACGUGAGGAUUUCUACAGACCCACAGAGCGUGGCCGCCCGCCACCGCCGGGAGAGGAUCAGCGAGCGGAUAAGGAUCCUCCAGAGGCUCGUCCCCGGCGGGACCAAGAUGGACACGGCCUCCAUGCUCGACGAGGCCAUCCACUAUGUCAAGUUCCUCAAGAAUCAAGUGCAGUCCCUCGAGAGGGUCGCCGCCGCCAGGCCCCCGCCGCCGGGGGUGGGCUUCCCCGUGCCGAUGUCCAGCGGAAGUUAUUUUCCGGCCGGUGGGAGGACGGGCUUCCUCCAUCAUAAUCAUCGUCAACACCCUCACCAGGCGGCGCCGUACCAGGAUGCGCACCAGAUGCUUGAUUAA